UAUAAACCUUAGCGCGGGCUCGCGAAGCACAGUUUACCGCAGACACAGAGUGUGUUUGACGAGUGCGAGUGUUAUCGAAGAUACCGCAGCGUUUUCUCGCGUGAAAGAUGGCUUUGACACCGAUGAUCCGCCACUUGUUGGACGAUGUUGACCGUCAGAUGUCAUUAUUUGACCAGAAUUUCGGCUUGGGGCUGACACACGACGACUUGCUUUUCCCUCGUCUGUCUGUCGUUCCUGCUCUGUCUGGUUACUACAGACCAUGGCGUCAUUUGGCAGCUCGUAACUCCGGCGUGUCUACCAUCCAGAACAACAAAGAUGGGUUCAAGGUUAAUCUAGACGUCCAGCAGUUCAAACCGGAGGAACUGACAGUAAAGGUGGUGGGCGACCACGUGGUGGUAGAGGCAAAACACGAAGAGCGUCAAGAUGAACAUGGUUACAUAUCGCGCCACAUGCAGCGUCGUUAUUUGCUGCCGAAGGACGUAGUGGCCGAACAGGUGCAGACGCAACUGUCAUCAGACGGUGUCCUCACAAUCACGGCACCAAAGAAGGCUCUCCCUCCAGCAGAGGGCGGUGAGCGUGUGGUACAAGUUGUGCAGACCGGUGCUCCAGCAGUUACCAACCAGCAGCAGGGAGGAGAGAAGAUGGAGCAGUGAAUAAUCCAUUGCUGGUGUAAAAACUCAAGUUUUUGUAUGGAUUAUUUGCUUUGUAUUGUCGUUGUACUUUCAAGAAAUUUAACACUUCAUUUUUCUGCUUCUCGUGAUGGAUGUGUUAUGUAUGUGAAAGACUGCAUUUAAUGAUUUUUUGAAUCACUUUAAUUUUCUGUAAGUGUAAAGCAAAUUUUCAUGCACAACUGUUAGAAGAAUGCAUUUUGUGUACCGUUUGUAGUUUAUGCAUAAUUUUCACAAUU